CAUCCAUCCAUACAUCCUUCCAUCUGUCCUCAAAAACUUCCACAUUUAUCAUAUUAGUAGUAUAAAAACAGACACUAAAAAGUUACAAACAAAUUAGUUCCAACUUAUCCUCAUAUAUACAAAGGUAUGGCCACAGUGUAGUAUAUACAAAAGUUUUGUAAUAAGUGAAAGUUAAGUCUGAAUCUCUCACAACGCACAACGGAACUCGACACACUCCGAGAUGGGUGCAACACAGAGCGAGUUAGCGAACAGCUCAAAAGCAGAUUUGGUGUCUCGAAUCAAAGCGAGAGUGGAAAAUGCGGAUAAAAACAAAGCGAGAGAAGUCGGGGGUGUUUUCUUGUUUAACAUUAUUAAAGGCACAUCUGUAUAUUCUUGGACAAUGGACCUGAACCAAGUGAUAGUCUACGAAGGCGAACCAGCAGAGGAUCCAGACACAACAUUUACCCUCAACGAGCAUUACUUCAAGCAACUGGUGCAAGGCAAGGAAGACCCUAGGGUGAUCAUGCAAGCUGGCAGGUGCUCCGUCACGGGCGACAUCAUGAGGGCAAUGAAACUUGAACCCUAUAUUAAGCUUAGUUAGAGUCGGAUUUUCAUGUUCUUAAAAGAUUGUAGGAACUGUUAUAUUAUUGACGUACUAUGAUCUAUCGGAUUUAGAAGUAGUUUGUGGGGACUGUUAUUAUAUAGAC